AUGAUCACUGAAUAUCUGGAUAAGGCAGAAAAUGAAGAGAAGCCAAUUAAACGAAAGUGGAAUUUGGAACAGUUGCGAGCUGGCGAUACUUUUUUAUCCUUACAAGCUGCCACAAAUAAAUAUGAUUCGCAAAAAGGUAUGACUGCGCCCGGUAUGCCACGGUGGAACAUUACAAAGGACAAACAUCUCGGGUUUAUAAAUCCUGAUCGAAAAAGUGAAGAAAUGCUAAGAGUGCAGUAUGGAAGCAAUCAAUAUGCUUCACAAAAAGGCUUAACACCAAUUGGUGCAUCAAGAAGUCAAGUGUUAAAAGUAGAAUAUAAAAAAGACUGGAAUACAAUAGUUGACAAACAGGGUGAAAAUUUUAUACCUAGGCAAUCUGGUGAUUAUGGAAUGGCUACGCAAUCCGGAGAGCGUUCGAUGGGUUCUCACCGUAAUCAGGUACCAAUUAUUAGAGGACGUUUACCACGAGAUCGACGUACACACGGUGUAUUAUGUUAUCAGUAUGGUACAAACAUAUUUGCUUCUCAACAAGGUAUGAAUGCACCACCUGGUAUCGGUGCAGUACGACAAGUUACCAUGGAAAUCGAAGGACUUGGUUUUACGGAGGAUGGUUUACGAAAGGGUACUGCAUUUACGCCAUGGUACUCAGGACAAAAUAAAUUUGCCAGUCAAGCAGGUACUGGUGGUUUUUUGAAAGUCCGUGAUAUACUACCAAACUCAAAGGGUGGUAAAGAAAUUGAUGAAGCGUUGAAAAUUAAAUCGGAAGGUAUUGUACCACUUCAAGCUGGCACCAACAAAUUUGCAUCUCAAAAAGGUAUGACAAGUUUCGGAACACAAAGAAACGUAUUGCUGAAACAAGGAUGGAAAAAAGAAUGGAUUGAAGAGUAUGAGCGUGCAUUGCGUGAAUUUGACGAGACUCGACCUCCCGGCUCAUCACCCGCUGCUGAUUCACUUGGAUAUUGCAAAAAGAAGUUCGAGGAGAGGAAAGAAGCGGAAGACAAAAUUGAGGAGGAAGUGAAAGAGAAGAAAAUGAAUGUGGAAGAAGAAAAGAUGAAGAAAAAGUCAAUAAAAGAUGAAGAAGAGGAAGAUAAAGGAGAUGAUAAGGAGGAAGAAAAUGAAGAGGUAGAAGUGGAGGAAGAAGAGGAAGAAGAGGAAGAAGAGGAGGAUGAAGAGGAGUAA